AUGGUUAUUGGGAAUACCUUCGGUGCUACGGCUCUAUCAUCCUACGGUGGCUUUUGGAUAGCAUUCGCUAUAGUCCUCACUCCAGGCGGUUUCCAAAUCGUCUCGUCUAUCGAAGAGGCUGGUGGUGCACAGGCGUUUGCAAAUUCAUUCGCAUUUUUCCUGUUUGGAUGUUUCAUCUUCACCACCAUCCUCCUCGUGUGCACCUUGAAGUCUACUCUCGCAUUCUUUCUCCUUUUCCUGACCUUGGAUCUGGCGUUUUUGAUGUUAGCGUGUUCCUACUUGACAACUGGAAGCACCAACGUUCAUCUUACUCGUGCUGGAGGGGCAUUUGGUCUCGCAGCUGCCUUCCUGGCUUGGUAUAAUGCUCUUGCCGGCCUCGCAGACACGUCCAAUAGCUUUGUUAUCAUUCCGGUGGCACACUUCCCCUGGUCCGAGAAAGGUUGCCAACAACGCGGACCCCGAACAGCUGAGCACACGGCCUAG